AUGCCCAGCACAAUUAGCGCAUCUGAAAGUCUGCAGGCUCCAGUUGCCGGAGUGAAACCGCAUCUGCAGCCAUGGGAGAUAAUUGCGUAUUCUCCAGAACGCCAGGGCGCCAUGUAUUCCGACUGGGCACUACACUUCUUCAGCCAGCAGCGGUACGCGAAUGGACUCCGCUAUUUCAAUAACUCCCUGGAUCUGGAUCCAUUCAAUGCAAAGGCUCUGAUGCACCGGAGUCAGCUGAAAAGGUCCAUGGGUUUGGCACCCCAGGCUCUGAAGGAUUGCCAUAAGGCAGAAGAUUUGUUAAAGAUCCGAAAGCCACCAAUUCAUUAUCGCAAUGCCAGUUUGGAGGUCUGCGACGCUUUGUAUGAGUCGAACCGACUGGAGAAUUCCAAAAUAAACCUGCAUUGCCACCUGAGGCGAUUUAACUCCUCUCAGAGAAAGCCCGUUGUCGAUCGGCUGAAUGUGCUAAACGAAAACUUCCGGGACACAUUAUCAGAAGACUCCACCAUGUCGGUACAGCGCUUGAUAAAUCGCAUGAUGGGAAGUCUGUCCAAGCAGCACAAGGAUAUAAAGGAUAAUUGCGAUGUGGUUAGCAUAAUGGAAAAGGAGGAAGUGCAUCUGUCACCGCUGGAAAUAGCUCGGCGAAAGAGGCACUUUAAGAUAUAUAACCAGUCGUACCUGAACAAGUGCUGGGUGGAUGUGGCCUUCAUCAAGAGACUACGCGAUGAUCCCAAUGUGCAGCCCAAACAUUGUCAAAAGUCAUCCGAGUAUUUGGGCAAACUGUUGGCAAGCAAUUACAAAGCGGAGCGCACUCUUACGAAAAUGCUGCACACACGGUGUCCCAUGUACGCCCUGAAUCGGCAGAAAUAUCCCGAUGAGGGAUUCUACCAAAGGCAGAAGGAGGAAAACCUAUAUCGCAUUCAAUACCAGACGAGGAGAAAUAUGUUCAAGAUUCUACGCAGUAUACGAUUGCUGAUUCGAGUUGGGGAAAUAAAUAAACUGUCAACAUUUAUUGAGGAGGUCAUGGGCGAAUAUGUCACCACCAAGACGCAUCGCGUAAUGCCGUGGAAAUUUGAAUUCACUAAUGAGGUUUACAACUAUCUUGCUCUAGCCCGCAUUAAUGAAUACAAAAUUCCCAGCAAUAUGACAGUCCUGCAGGGAAGACAACGCCUUUUGACUCUUUUCAGGCUGCCGGUCAACAAUAGUCAGGGAAUGAGAAAAUCAAAGCUCAAGCAACCGUAUACUCUGAAUAUAACAAGAUCGGCCACAACCGACCCCAAGGCGGAGAAAUUUAAGAAACAAGUUGCCCGUCUGGAGAACCGUAUGCGGUUUGCCGAGUACCACAUAGAACGCGCCUAUCUUUUGCAUGAACUGGCUCAGGAGCACCUGGAUUUUAAUUCAUUUGAUGUGGCCUGCUCCAUGGCCCGAAAGUCCUUGGAGGAGGCCAUCAAAUGCAAGAGUAUUAUUUGGAGCUUCUUGGGUCUGAUCAUCAUAUGCAAGGCUCACGCUAUUCUUGGAAAGAUAGAACAGGAAAAGGAAAUACUCACUGAGGCCUUCGAACUGGCCAAGAAAAUGAAGAACCUUGACCUCUGCCUGUUCAUAGACAUCUGCAUGAGGGUCAAUGCGGAGGAGAUGGAAAUGAAGCGGAUGACAAUGACCUCCGAUUUGGCCUCAAAGAAAAAAAGCCUUGGCUCUAAAAUGUUUCAAAGUAACGAUCAAGUCAAUGAGGAUCGCAACCAAAUUACCUAGAAAAUAUUAUAGACUAUGUAAUACAAAAAUACACAA